UUAAAUAAUUUAAAAAAUAAUAUUGAACCAUUAAUUACCAAUUUGUCACAAACGAACAAGACAAACUUAGGUCGGUGUUUCUUAUUGAUCCUUUUCAUAAUAUAAAUACUGAGUAUAUGCGAAUUAAAUAUUUAAAAAAUGCUAAUUUUUUCAUAGAGCCACAACCUUUUUAUAUUGGUUCAAUUUUAGAUAACAAAAAAAGUGGCAGUACUGUAAAUAUGACUUUUAAAAAAUGUGAAGGGCAAAUAAUUCCACUGCGAAAAAUAUUAAAACAUUUUCUUGAAAUACCAGGGGUUUUAAACACGAUUCUUGAAUACCAAAAAUCUGAAGAAAAUAAAGAUCAUUUAUCAAGCAUUUUUAAUGGAGAAUUAUGGAAAUCGAUCAAAAUUAAAUACAAUAAAAUAGUUAUUCCCCUUUUAAUUUAUUACGAUGAUUUUGAAACUGGUAAUCCACUGGGUAGUCAUUCAGGAAUCUAUAAACUCGGAGGUGUUUAUGUAAAGAUUGCCGGAAUCCCGCCAAAAUAUUCAUCAAAACUGGAAAACAUUUUUUUAUGGGGUUUGUUUUAUUCGCAAGAUAGGAAUGAGUUUUCAAAUCGUAAGGUAUUUCAGUCAUUUCUUAACGAACUACUGUAUUUAGAAAACGUAGGGUUAAAUAUUUUUGGCCAACAAAUUUUAUUUGUUGCUCCACUUAUCGUAGGAGAUAAUUUGGGAAUUAACUCGGUUAUAGGUUUUCAAGAAUCUUUUAGUGCAAAUUAUUUUUGCCGGGCAUGUUUUUUAGAUAAAAAAAGUACACAAGCAAUUAUUGUGGAAGGCGAAGAUACACUAAGAAAUGUAAAAAAUUAUCAGGAACAUUUGGAAAAUAAAACAUUUGGCAUUAAAGAUGAAUGCAUUUGGAAUGACUUGCCCUAUUACCACAAUGCAAUCAAUAUUCAUUUUGAUAUCAUGCACGAUCUAUUUGAAGGUGUCUGUAGGUAUGAUAUGGGUAGAAUUUUACAUUUUUUUAUCCUUGACCAAAAAACUUUUACUCUUGAAAUUCUCAAUAACCGAAUAAAAUAUUUUAAUUACAUAUCAGGAACAGAUAUUGGUAAUGCGAUACCACCUAUAAACCUAAAACACAUUCAAAAUAAAAUGAUAAUUAUGUCUUCGGCCGAAAUGCAUGCGCUAGUUACAUAUUUGCCAUUAAUCGUGGGAGAUCUUGUAGAUUCCUCAGAAAGAGUCUGGAAAUUUUAUAUUAUAUUGUUUGAGUUAAUACACAUGGCAACUCAAUCUGAGUUCAACAAAGAUGACAUAUGCUUUUUGAAACAACUUAUAUUUAAUCAUAAUAAAAUGUAUAAAGAGCUUUUUAAUGAUCCACUAACUCCAAAAAUGCAUUUUUUAAUUCACUAUCCUAGAACAAUAAUAAAUGUUGGACCUCUGGAAAAACUUUCAUCUAUACGUUUCGAGGCAUUUCAUAGAAUUUUUAAAAUUAGCGCAUCUACUGUAACUUGUAAAAUAAACUUGCCCUACACAUUAGCUACAAAAUGUCAAUUUAAUUUAGCAUAUCGAUUUCUUAGUAAAAAAGGCUUCAAUGAUGAAAUAAUUGUAGGUUCAGUUUUAAAAACAUUUUCCAGUUUAAACUUGUUGCAUUAUAAAAAUUACUCAAAUAGUAAUGUAGUUUCCUGGGUAAAAAUCAAUGGAAUAACAUUUAAAAAGGAAUUUGUUAUACAAGUUGGACGAAAUAAUUAUGGUGAGCCUAUUUUUGGAUGGAUAACGGAUGUUUUAUAUGAAAAUGAUAACAAAAUAUAUAUGGUAUACCAAGAGAUCAUAUGUUUUGGCCUUAAUAAACAUUUCAAAGGAUUUGAAAUUGACCGAAUUGAGACUGAAAAAAAGCUUAUUAAUGUAAAUGAUAUAUUUUUUAAGCCGACUAUUAUACACAAUAAUGCCAAAGGAAACAGAUUUAUUUCGUGUAUGAUUUAAUAAUUUUAAAGUUACCUAAAAGUAUUCUCAUUAUUUUUUGUUUAAUGUUCAUGUUAGUUUAAGUAGCAGAGUUUUGUUUACGUGACGUCAUUUAGAACACAUUUUUAUGUUGACAAGCCUAGAUGCAGUUUAUGCUUGCGCUCUCAGAAUCCUAUCUUCGAUAAGUUUUAAAUGCCAAUUUUUCGUAUUUAUGUAUUUUUAG